AUGAUAUAUACCACAAGAGUACCUUACAAUCACAAUGUAGCGUUCACAUCUACAUAUCUAUAUCCUUCAAAAAGACCACCCGAUAACAUAACCGAAAAAAUAUUUAAAGUGAGAAAUUCGGCCAAAGGAUUGGUUAAUUUUAGUGAUGUUAAAAAUGAAACCAAAGAUACCAGUGAUUUGUUGAUGCUUGUUGAUGAUUUUAGUGACUACUUUUAUGGAAAUGCAAGCCAUGAUGUGUUUACUGUUCACAAUAAUUCACUAGAUAUAUUCAAUGAAGUGCUGAAUUGUACUUUUAACGGUACAUUUAAUGUUUCGUGCUUUGGCCGAUUCGAUAACGGUCCGGUGUACAACUUUUGGGCUUUACUUUUGUUAAUAUUUCCGUUCUUCACGUUGUUUGGGAACGUUUUAGUGAUAAUGAGUGUGGUGAGGGAGCGGGCGCUACAAACUGUGACAAAUUACUUUAUAGUGAGUUUGGCAGUCGCUGAUUUGCUGGUGGCAGUGGUGGUGAUGCCGUUUGGAGUUUAUUAUUUGGUAAAGAGACUCGCUUAA